UGCUGGGCGCCCCGAGCGUGACCGCGCGCUAGGCGGCAGCAGCGGGCGCGGCUCGGGGCGAGGCCGCUGCGCUCUCCCUCUUGGCGGGGUAGGCCCGCCGGGGCGGAGCGGGGCGGGGCGGGGCGCUCGGACUAGAGGGUGUGGGAGCUGCAGAAACCAGGCGUGCAGGAGCAGGAUGGCGGCGGCGGCAGCUGCGGGCGAGGCGCGCCGGGUGCUGGUGUACGGCGGCAGGGGCGCGCUGGGCUCUCGAUGCGUGCAGGCGUUCCGGGCCCGCAACUGGUGGGUUGCCAGCAUUGAUGUGGUGGAGAAUGAAGAGGCCAGCGCUAGUAUUGUUGUUAAAAUGACUGACUCCUUCACUGAGCAGGCUGACCAGGUGACUGCUGAGGUUGGAAAGCUCUUGGGUGAAGAGAAGGUGGACGCAAUUCUUUGCGUUGCUGGAGGAUGGGCCGGGGGCAAUGCCAAAUCCAAGUCUCUCUUUAAGAACUGUGACCUUAUGUGGAAGCAGAGCAUGUGGACGUCCACCAUCUCUAGCCACCUGGCUACCAAGCAUCUCAAGGAAGGCGGCCUCCUGACCUUGGCUGGCGCAAAGGCUGCCCUGGAUGGGACUCCUGGUAUGAUCGGGUACGGCAUGGCCAAGGGUGCCGUUCACCAGCUCUGCCAGAGCCUGGCCGGGAAGAACAGCGGCAUGCCGCAGGGGUCAGCCGCCAUCGCUGUGCUCCCGGUUACCCUGGAUACCCCAAUGAACAGGAAAUCAAUGCCUGAGGCUGACUUCAGCUCCUGGACACCCUUAGAAUUCCUAGUUGAAACCUUCCAUGACUGGAUCACAGGGAAAAACCGACCGAGCUCAGGAAGCCUAAUCCAGGUGGUAACCACAGAAGGAAGGACGGAGCUCACCCCAGCGUAUUUUUAGGCCUCAUCUCAGUGCUCCUCUGAGGGGCUUGCCAAAAACGUCACUAACCUAUCUCAGCGUGGCCUUGUCUAGCCCUGCGUUUUCUGUAACCCCAGUUUGUGGUAUGAGGUAAUGAGUCCUAUUUUUCUGUCGCCUAAUGUGCAUUUGCUCUUCUAGGACAGUGUAAUACAUUUAUGUGAAGUAAAAGUAUGCGAGACUGGCGGCCUACGAAUAGCAUCUGUCGAUCUGUGUUAACUGCGUAGGGAGGUCUCUGCAUAGCCCCUGCUGUAUCGGUGUCAUGUUGGAUUGCUUUUGAGACUGUUUAUCUGUCCUUGACAGUGGCUGUCAUCUUGACUACUUUGUUGAUUUGUUGGUAUUGGGGACAUUUUGAAGGCUGAAUUAUUUUUGAAUGUCAUGUUUAUGUCACAGAUGUAGUUUUUGCAGCCUUGAAUUAAACUGCCUUAAAACUCCUUUUGUGGUAUAAGCAAAACUCCGUGGACUCUGCCCUGGUAUCCUUUUCCUGUGUGGUUACCCUGUGUUCUCUGGCCUAAGGUUAAGUGUGCAAGAUAACUAUUUGUGAAUAUUCAGAAUGUUGUUCCUAAUAAAUGCACUUCAUUUAUCGUGUUGUCUGUCUUCUUUAAUCAAAUCACAUCUAUUUAUAUACAGCAGUCAUAGAUGAGUAUGUUAGAAUCAUGGAUUGCUUUUAAUCUGGUGUUUUCGAAAGCGAGUGGAUUUAAAUCCUGAAAGAAAUAUUUCAGCA